GCCAUAUUGCUGCAACAGCGCGCCGAGCAAGUGUGGAAAGAUAAGCCCAACCUGUUCGGAAUUCCUGGCGAAGUCACUCGUUCGCUCAGAAUCGAUUUAAUUGUCCAUCAAGCCGCACUUACGUCCCAGUGAAACUCAUCAAGGAAAAGGUGUGAAAUAGAAACGGCCAAACCUCUUUCGUGUACGCUCUAGUUGGACAAAAGUUUAGUAUCGAAGGCAGAUUCCACUACCAAAUAAAAUGGUGUCCGCAGAAACGAUUGGAUCGAUAUUCAUCAAAGUGUUCAAAUUGGCACUGAACCUGGUGGUUCUCAUCAUCUACCGGACCGGUUACGGUGGCGACUUCCUCGGCGUUGGCGGCACGUGGAACCUGAACGAGGAGAAAAGUCCAGACGCGGAAAUUGUGGCCUCCGGUGUGUUUGUCGGUUACUUCAUCUACACCUCGGUGCAGCUGAUUACGUUCUGCUUCGGUACGACCAAGCUGAAGCGCGAGCUCUCCGACACGAUAAUGAACGUGGUCGGUACGUUCAUGUGGGUCGCCGUUGGAGGCACGGCCCUGCACUACUGGCACGGCUAUAUGGCGGAGCAUGACUUCCAGCACGUCACAUCGGAACGAACGGCCGGACUUGCCCUGGGAUCGCUUUGCGUUGUGACCGGUGCCCUGUACCUGGCCGAUUCGGUUCUGGCCUUCAUCCACUACGCCAAACACGAGAACAGCAAGUACUAAUUGAGCGAGUGGCACCGCAGCUUCACACAGCAACAGCAGCGGAAGACAGGUGUGUGGUAGAACAUAAGCAUGAAAUAUUGUAUCCGGUUAUCAAGAUUUUACCCAAAAAAUUGCGGUUAACCCCCCCGUGUAGGAUGAAUAAGUGUAAGUAAGGUCCAAUGAAGAGGAAAAACUGUCAUUAUUUAUGUACCGUAAGCGAGUCUAGAUAGGAAAGGCCGAACUUGUGCCAACUUUAUGCUUAUUGCUUGGUGUAAAGUACAAUUUUCUUGACAAAUGGCCAUUAGUGACAUUUUAAGUAUACAUAUAGAAAGAUAGUAGUAAGGUUGACCCGUAAAAUGCAAUCUUCCGAAACAUAAAUGACAAAAAGCAAUAGAACCGGAUAGUUGGAAGUGAAAUUGAAAAAUAUCAUCAAUGUAUCUGCGAAACCAAAUCUGAAUAUCAAUAUCAAUAAAGCUUCUUUCAUA